ACUCUGUAAAAUUAUGGCUAUAUCUUCAAGCCACCCUCUAAAAUUAUGGAUAGUCCCGAGGCACCCUCUAAAAUUAUGUACAGUCCCAAGGCACCCUUUAAAAUUAUGGACAGUCCCGUGGCACCCUUUAAAAUUAUGGACAGUCCCGAGGCACCCUUUAAAAUUAUGGACAGUCCCGAGGCACCCUUUAAAAUUACAGACAGUCCCCAGGCACCCUCUAAAAGUACGGACAGUCCCGAGGCACCCUUCAAAAUUAUGGACAGUCCCGAGGCACCCUUCAAAAUUAUGGACAGUCUUGAGGCACCCUCUAAAAUUAUGGACAGUCUUGAGGCACCCUCUAAAAUUAUGGACAGUCCUGAGGCACCCUUCAAAAUUAUGGACAGUCCCGAGGCACCCUUCAAAAUUAUGGACAGUCUUGAGGCACCCUCUAAAAUUAUGGACAGUCUUGAGGCACCCUUUAAAAUUAUGGACAGUCCUGAGGCACCCUUUAAAAUUAUGGACAGUCCCGCGGCACCCUUUAAAAUUAUGAACAGUCCUGAGUCAAUCUCUAAAAUUAUGGAGCGUCCCGAGGCACCCUUCAAAAUUAUGGACAGU